AUGGACUUCACAGCAGCAACAGAUGCCACGGUCAUUAUGGAAACGAGAGAGGCUUCACCUGCUCAUUUGUUGAUCAAAAUCAAAUCAUUUUCCUUGUUUGAGAAGCACGGUAUCAAGAAAUUCAAGACGAGUGAGUUUGAGUCUGGGGGAUACAAGUGGAAGCUUAAGAUUUACCCAAAUGGGAGAGAUAGAGACGAAGGGUACGUGUCGUUGUACUUGGCCAUUGUGGAUGAUGGCUUGCCUGCAGGCUGGGAGGUGAAUGCCGUCUUCACAAUCUGCUUGUUUAAUCAGAUUUCCUGCAAUUAUCGCUAUUCACUGGGAAUAAGUCGGCGUUUUCUUGCAAUGAAGAGAGAAUGGGGCUUCUCCAAGUUCAUCUCCAAGAAAGAACUUAACGAUCCUCAGAAUGGAUACCUCAGCCACGAUGACAAUUGUGUGUUUGGUGCUGAAGUUUUUGUGAAAGAAAAUAAAGCAGUGAUUGAUUGUCUGUCUUUGAAGAAUGUUGUUGAUGCUCCCUUCAAGAAAGAAUGGAACAUUCCCAACUUUUCUACAUUGGGGAGUGAAUGGUAUUCACCGAAGUUCUCUGGAGGAGGCUAUGAAUGGAUUAUUGAGUUGCAUACAAAUGGAUAUGGAGAAGAUAGCGGACGCUUCUUAUCUCUAUUCAUAAACUAUAUGCCCAAGAAUGGUAACAAUGAACGUUUGCACACGUUCUUUACACUGCGCAUGAAGAAUCAGCUUAGCAAUGAACACCAUGAAAGAGUUUAUUCUCACUGGUUUUCAGCUGCUGAAGAGGUUAACUGGGGAUUACCUUCAUUUAUUGAGCUUGAUGUGUUGAAUGAUCCUAAUAAAGGCUUCAUCGUCAACGACUGCUGUAUUAUAGAAGUAGAGAUAUCUGUGCAAGCUAUAGCAAGCUCAGUCUGA